AUGACUCGUGGAAACCAAAGAGAAAAGGCCCGGGCCAAGAACCUGAAGCAGCAGAAAGAACAAAACAAACACAAGACCACUAUGUCCGGAUCCCAGUUCCAGCGCGCAAAGGAGGAUGCCGCGGCCAUCAUGCGCGAAAAGCAACGACUGGGUAUGUCUUCUCCUUUGGCCCCUGCGACCCUGACCCUGACCCUGUCUUUGGCCCUAUCGCCCAGUGCACUGCUGACCUGUCUUGUUUACAGCCGACGAGCGACGCGCGGCAGAAGCGGCGAAAAAGAAAUAGCCUCACAGAGGCCUUUCGUGUCCAACUCGAAAUUUGUCAACUUAUAUCCAAGGCUCUACUUUCCUCGUGCCUCCAUCGUAUUAUACCAGUGGCGGGACGUUGAUUUGGAGUGA